AUGAGCAAUCCCAAGGGCGUCGCCGAGAACAUGCUGUGGGGAGGUCGUUUUACCGAGGGCAUCGACCCUCUCAUGAUGCAGUACAACAUGUCUCUGCCCUACGACCGUGUCCUCUGGAAGCAGGACAUCGCUGGAUCCAUUGCCUUCGCCCGCGCCAACAUGAACAACGGCAUCCUGACCCCACAAGAGUUCGCCGAGAUCGAGCGCGGUUUCCAGCAGAUCGCACAGGAAUGGAGCACCAACACCUUCGAGGCCAAGGAGAAUGAUGAGGAUAUUCACACAGCCAACGAGCGCCGUCUCAGCGAGAUCAUUGGCAAGGAAAUUGGCGGGAAGCUGCACACCGGCCGCUCGCGCAAUGAGCAGGUCGCUACCGACAUGCGCCUGUGGCUGCGCGACGAACUGCGCAAGCUCGACUCCCACCUGUGCGAUCUCAUCAAGGUCUCUGUUGCCCGUGCCGAGAAAGAAAUCGAGAUUCUCAUGCCUGGUUACACCCAUCUCCAGAAAGCCCAGCCCGUCCGCUGGUCCCACUGGAUCCUGUCGCACGCCACUGCCUUCGCCAGUGAGCUCCAGCGUCUGCGCGAGGUCAUUGCCCGCGUGAACCGCAGCCCCCUUGGCUGUGGUGCCCUGGCUGGUAACCCCUUCCACAUCGACCGUCAUGCUAUGGCCAAGGAGCUCGGCUUCGACGAUCUGCUGUACAACUCCAUGAACACUGUCGGUGACCGUGACUUCGCUAUGGAGACCAUGCAAUGGGGUAGCUCUUUCAUGCUCAAGAUUUCCCGCUGGGCCGAGGACUUGAUCAUCUACAGCAGUCUGGAGUUUGGCUUCGUCCGUCUGUCUGAUGCCUAUUCUACUGGUUCCUCUCUGAUGCCCCAGAAGAAGAACGCCGAUUCCCUUGAGCUUCUCCGCGGUAAGUCCGGCCGUGCUUUUGGUCAAAUGGCCGGCCUGAUGUGCACCAUCAAGGGUCUGCCCACCACCUACAACAAGGAUCUGCAGGAGAGCAUUGAGCCCCUGCUCGACCACAUCAAGACUGUCAGCGACAGCAUCCAGAUCGCCACCGGUGUUCUGUCUACUCUGACCACCAUUCCCGAGAAGAUGACCGCCGCCCUGGCUCCCGAGAUGCUGGCCACCGAGUUUGCCGACUACCUCGUCCGCAAGGGUGUUCCCUUCCGUGAGGGCCACCACGUCUCUGGCCGUGUUGUUGCCCUUGCCGAGAACACUGGCAUUCCCAUGGACAAGCUCACCAUGGAGCAGCUCAAGACUGUUGACGCCCGUUUCGGAGAUGAUGUCCAGGAGUGCCUUGAUUAUGAGCGUGCUGUCGAGCUGAAGGAUGCUGUUGGCGGUACCAGCAAGCGGGCUGUUUUGGAGCAGACUGCUGUCCUGAAGAAGCUGCUAUAA